AUGUCGACGCCGGAGAAAAAUAUCAAAGAGCUAAUGGAAUACCGACAUUUAGGUCGGACUGGUUUGAAAGUUAGCUUGUUAUCAUUUGGAGCAUGGGUAACGUUUGGCGAACAAAUGGAUGCCAAUGAAGCAUACACUUGUAUGAAAGUCGCAUAUGAUAAUGGUUGCAAUUUUUUCGACAAUGCUGAGGUCUACAGUCUCGGGAAAGCAGAAACGGUCAUGGGUCAAGUACUCAAACGCAUGUUUGAAGAAGAUGGUAUUCAGCGAUCUGACCUAGUUAUUUCGACGAAAUUGUUUUGGGGCACGCCAUACUAUCAUGCACAAGCAAAUAAAGCUAAUUUGAAAGGUCUAUCUCGUAAACGAAUCAUCGAAGGUAUGCGUGGCAGUUUACAACGCUUGAAUCUUGAAUAUGUUGAUAUUGUUUUCGCACAUCGACCGGAUACACAUACGCCCAUGGAUGAAAUCGUCCGAGGAUUUAAUUGGCUUAUCGACCAAGGUUAUACAUUCUAUUGGGGUACAUCGGAAUGGACAGCUGAACAAAUUCGACAGGCAUGGGAAAUAGCUGAUAAAUUGAAUUUAAUCGGACCAUGUGCUGAACAACCACAGUAUAACAUGCUACAUCGUACCCGAUUUGAGGUGGAAUAUGCUCCACUUUACAAGUCACCAAUCGAAUAUGGUACAACGAUUUGGUCGCCCUUAGCAUCGGGUCUUCUUACGGGCAAAUACAGUUCAAGGAAACUCGAAGGAGCCGACAGUCGGCUGGGUUUAACAGGUAGUUUAUCAUGGCUUCGGCAACAGUUUGAAGCAGGUCAAGGUUUAAAUGGACUUGAAGAAAAAAACGUAGAUCGCAUCAUGGAAGUCGUUGAGAAUCUACGACCCAUUGCUGAUAAGCUCGGUGCUACAUUAGCUCAAUUAUGUCUUGCGUGGGCGGCUAAGAAUCCUCAUGUUUCAACGGUGAUCACUGGUGCUAGUCGCUCUAGCCAAAUCGUAGAGAAUUUCAAGGCACUUACAUUUGUUUCCAAACUAACACCAGAAAUUCUCGAAGAAAUCGAACAAGUUCUAAAGAACAAACCCAAACAUCCAUAUGAUUGGACGUUGAUGAACUGA